CUUGCCUCCUCCCCUGACCGACAUUGACCACGAUUAGCCCGAUUCCGUUCGGUAAGCCGCGGGCGCUUCCGCCUUCGCGUAGAGGUCGGCGAAACCACCGGAAGCUCCGUCCGGCCUCCCGCAAAGCGGCAAAUCUCGGUUUCAUCGCCCGCGAGCAUUCCGUGCUUUAGAGCUGAUGCAAAGAGACCAUCUCGGGCUUCGCGCUUAUCGACGGCAAAACCGGAAAGCCCUCUCAGAGGUCGGCCCCUACGCGGCCGGCCGUCCCGAAGCGCGUCGUCGUCGUCGUCACGGUGGCUCACUUGACGCAACCUCUGACGUCACAACCGCGGCGCGGCGCUCCGGUCGAGACGUUGAAAAACCGGCCAUCGCCCGCUACCAGGUCGUCAGAGAAGCGAGCGCGCCAAUCUCGAAAACAAGCCAUGUGCGAACACAAGGGGGAUCACCAGUGCGUUGCCAUUUCGGCCGAGACCGUCAAGUCGGUCUGGAAAAGGGCGCUCGACUUGUUUUCGACUCGCGGAGACAAAGCUGCCGAUGAACAACUGCGCUCGUACGAUGAGGCGCCGGAGUUCCUCCGCCAGAAUCCGUUCAUCCUGAAGGGCUACCGCUGCAACUUGGCGCUUCGCCGGUGCGCCCGCUCCGCCUUCGAGUGGAACAACGAGACGCUCAACAUUUGGACGCACCUGUCGGGUUUCUUCAUCAUGCUGGCUCUGUUCGUGCACGACCUCGUCUAUCGCCUGGACGAGGUGUCCCCUUCGGCGGUGGACCGGGCCUUCUGCGUCGCCAUUUGCCUGGCGUACAUGACUACCCUUCUGCUGUCCGUGGUGUACCACACGUUCAACUGCCACUCGGAGCAAUGUUACCAGCGGCUACUCAAGUGGGACGUGCUCGGCGUGGCGCUCAGUCUGAGCAUGACGUUCCUCUCCGGCGUCCACUUCGCCUUCAGCUGCAGGCCGUGGCUCGAGCUGGCCUACGGUAGCGUAGAGCUGCUCCUCGUCGCCAUCGUGCUGGUGCUCAACUUCGCGCCCCGCUUCGCCGGCCGUGAGGACGUGGAACCCGCGCGGCUCUUGGUGCUCAGCUCUCUGGUGCUCUUCGGCCUGGCGCCCACCGCUCACUGGUUCGCCCUCAACGGCGGUCUCGAGGCUCCCAUCGUCCGCCUGCUCCUUCCGCGCAUCGCGGUGCUCUUCGGCCUCAUUGGGAUGGCGUUCGCCGUGUACCGCUUCCGGAUCCCCGAGUGCCUCUGGCCCGGCCGCGUCGACUACGUCUUCUCGAGUCACCAGAUCUGGCACGUCAUCGUGUUCCUGUCUCUAGUGUGGUGGCACGAGACCGGAUUCGUCUAUUUCCACUUCAUGAGCGGCGGACAGCAGUGCGCCGUGCCCGCGUGAUGUUUCUCCGGUUGCGAAAACGUUCGCGGUCUCCGAGUCGUCGCGUCCUUGCGGACGGCACGGUGCAGGGCAUACCGAGAAACUUUCUUCACCGCAUGAAUUUUUUCGGCUGUAUGUCUCGUGAAACAUAGGCGCGUACUCAACCAGAGCACGCGCUGGAUGUUUGUGUGUAUCGAUAGCGAGUCAACUGAUACGGCUGCCAUUUGGACUUUUAGAUGAGCGCUCACGACGGCGACGCGUAUAGCAUGCUCGCCUGCGCGUCUUCACGAGCGCACAACGUGUCGUGUACACUUUAUUGUCACUUCCGUGCACACUUCACCAAAGUGCAGUGACUGAGUGGCAGUGCGAACGUGUAAGACUUCUUUCAGUCGCAUGCCGUUCGUUUCUUUAGGCCAUGGAUCUCAACGUUGCCUGUGUACUUUGCGGGCGUAGUCAGUUCCUAUGAAUUUGUAUAGAUACAGCUGUGAGCCAAGCGCUGAAGUAGGUACUAUACAACGUACCUAGAAAACGAGGACAUGGACCAACUGAUGCAAAGAAGUUGGUCCAUUAGCAACGGCCGUCCCGGAAAGGUUCUGGUCAUCAGUGACUUGGUAACAUUUUUUUUUUACUUUGUUCGUUAAUGAUGCUGGCAUCUUAGCGAACUUGUGGCGUGCUUUCCAAUGCACCGCUGAUAAUGCAUUAAGCGUUGCGUACUUUCGUCAAAAAGUAUCGUAUACGUUUCCGACACCGAUUUAAACGCGUUGCAUAAGUUGCAAAACCUCUGCGUAACUUUUCUGGGUGACUUGGUCCUGCGAAAAUUUUUUCGCUUUGUACGAUAGCAAAGAAUGCAGUGCUGAGAUCGUGUUCGUGUGGCACGAAUGCGUUUAAUCACUGAUGACGGCAUCGCCUGUCUUUUUGCUGUUGAAACAGGAA